AUGGUCACCUCGUCACAGCUCAUCACCGCCGAGCAGGCGCGCAACUCGGCUUUCGACCAUGCGCUUCAUGGCACUUCUGGCAGCGGGCAGGGCGGAUUGAAGGCGAUGAUGAGCAAGGACAACAGCGCGCGCAAGGCGGCGAUGGACCAGUACUUCCAGCACUGGGACGACAAGAAGGCCGAGGACGAGACGGCCGAGGUCAGGAAAGCCCGCACAGACGACUAUGCGAGCUUGACGCGGCAAUACUACAACCUCGCGACAGACAUCUACGAGUACGCGUGGGGCUCGUCCUUCCACUUCUGCCGCUUCGCGUACGGCGAGAGCUUCCCCCGAGCCAUCGCCCGGCACGAGCACUUCCUCGCGCACAACAUCGGACUCCGGCCGGGGAUGAAGGUGCUCGACGUGGGCUGCGGCGUGGGAGGGCCGGCGCGGGAGAUGGUCAAGUUCGCGGGCUGCCACGUCACGGGCCUCACGAUCUGCGAGUACCAGGUGCAGAGGGCGACGCAGUACGCGGCUAAGGAAGGGCUGGCGAACAAGCUCCAGUUUGUGCAGGGUGAUUUCAUGAAAAUCCCCUUCCCCGACAACUCGUUUGAUGCCGUGUACGCCAUCGAGGCGACAGUCCACGCGCCCUCCCUGCAGGGCGUGUACAGCGAGAUCCUGCGCGUGCUCAAGCCCGGCGGCACGUUUGGCGUGUACGAGUGGCUCAUGACGGACGCGUUUGACAACGACAACCUCGAGCACCGCCAGAUCAGGCUCGACAUUGAGCAAGGAGACGGCAUCGCGCAGAUGGUGUCGAUCCAGGAGGGGCUCGAGGCCAUCAAGGGUGCCGGGUUCGAGCUCAAGCACCACGAGGACCUGGCUGCGCACGACGACGACGGGGGCGAGGAAGGCAGCCAGAGCGUGGCGCCGUGGUACUGGCCGAUCGGGAGCGACGUCCGGUACGCGCAGACGCUAUGGGACCUGGUCACCGUGCUGAGGAUGAACCGCUGGACACGGGUCGCGUCGCAUGCCAUGAUGGGAGCGCUCGAGCGGGUGCGCGUGCUGCCGUACGGGACAAAGGCGACGGCCGAGAGCCUGGGCAAGGCGGCAGAUGCGCUUGUCGAGGGCGGGCGCAGGAAACUGUUCACGCCCAUGUAUCUCAUGGUCGCACAGAAGCCGCUGGAGGCUGGACAACAGUAG